AUGUUUGGAUUAGAAUUUGAUAUAUUUGAUAUAUUUGAAGUUUCAACUGAUGUAGAAGCUUCAGGUGAUAUUGAAUUUGGUUUUGAAGUUGUUGAAUUAUUCAUUAGUAGACAUGAAUGGUUUAGAAUAGAUGAAGUUUUAGGCGCUGGGGUUGGAGGUUUUGAAGUUUCAAGUGGUGGGGUUGGAAGUGAUGGGGUAGAGGAUGGGGUUGGAAGUGGUGAUGUGGAUGAAGGUAAUGGAACUAAAAAUGGAGAAGAGGAUGGAAGUGGAGAAGAUGAAGGUAUAUUGGUUGAAGGUGGAGAAGAUGAAGGUGUAAUGGUUGAAGGUGGAGAAGAUGAAAAUGUAAUGGUCGGAGGUGAAGAUGAAGAUGUAAUGGUUGAAGGUGGAGAAGAUGAAAAUGUAAUGAUUGGAGGUGGAGAAGAUGAAGAUGUAAUGGUUGAAGGUGGAGAAGAUGAAAAUGUAAUUGUUGGAGGUGAAGAUUUAAUGGUUGAAGGUAGAGAAGAUGGAAAUGUAAUGGUUGGAGGUGAAGAUGAAGAUUUAAUGGUUGAAGGUGGAGAAGAUGAAGAUGUAGAGGAUGGAAGUGAAAAUGAAAAGGUUGGAAUGUUAGAAGUUGAAGGUGGUGGAGGAAGUGGUGAAGUUGGAGGUGGAGUGGGUGGACUUCGAUAA